AUGACGUCAUAUACAGUAGCCAUAGUCUGUGCUUUAAUUUCAUGUCUCAGGAAUGUUCUGAAGGCCACCAUCGAUGUACCUGAAGCUGGUGAAAUGAACCUUUACUGCACCCAUCUUGAUCAUCUUGAUGAGAAUUGGAGGAUGAAGCUGAUUAAUGCAAUAAUCCAGUCUAAUAAUGAUGAGCCUCACACCUUAGCUGGAGGGCUUAACUCACUUGAUGAAUCAGAUUAUGAAACCUACAAAUCGAUCACUGAUUCAAUCCGAGUAACUGCAGAGGAUAUACGUCAACAGAAAACUAAGAGUAAUGAUACAAACUUAAGUCAAUACUAUGAAGAGAUUGGAAAACCAAUACCAAAGGUUGAAGUGAUGAAAUAUCUAAAGAGUAAGCAGUACACGGAUGCUAAGGACUAUUCACGGGAAUGUGAAUCUUUUGUGAUGAUUGCCACAGGACAAAGUGUGCAAGGGACAUGUAAGUAUGGAACAAGGGUAGAUUACAUAUUAUCAUCAUCAGAUUCAACAUAUAAGUUCGUAGCAGGGUCCUAUCUUGUGCUUUCUUCCAAAGGGACUUCAGAUCAUCACAUAGUCAAAGUUGAUGUGGUUAAAGAAAAUAAUAGCAUUCUAAAUAGUAGUCCUCGUCAAGAAGAAAAUAAUAAUGUAACAAAGAUGCAGCAGAGAAUGAAAACACAGCCAAGUCCAUCAAGUUGUAUAUGGAACAAAAACACAUAUGGGAGAGAUAUAGAUUGA